GAUCUUCAAAUGCUGAUUUUUGUUACAAGAUAUCUUGAUACAAUUUUUGAAGAAAAAAAAAUUAUAAUCAUCCUUAUUAUUUCAUUGUCAAAAAAAAAAUACUAAAAUAUGGAUACAAAUCGAAACAGUAAUAAUAAUAGUCCAGAACCGGAAGAUAGUCAACAAUCUACUACUAUGAUUGAUGAUACCGUUACAACUACAGAAACAUCAUCAACAAUACCAACAUCAUUUUCAUCAAUAAUUAGUUCGAAUAGACAACGAAGUAAUUCUGCAAUAUCAUCAUUAUCAUUAUUAAAAUCGGCUGCUGCUAUUUCUGGAAAUCGUUCAGGAAUCAUAUCUAUCAACAAUAAUAAUAAUAAUAAUUCAACAACUAUUACAUCAUCAUCAUCAUCAUCGAUAAUAGCACCAGUCGAUCUAAGAAUUGCAGCAAACAAUCUUUUUGGUGAAACAACUGCAGCACCGACAACAACAUUUUCAUCAUGUUUAUCACAAUCAAAUACAACGACCACCACAAGUAAUAAUCAUCAUAACCAUCAUCAUAGUCAUCAUAGUCAUCAUAAUAAUAAUCAUUUAUUAAAUAUGUCGACGAUAGGAAAUAAUAGUAAUAAUGUACAGCCACAGCAACAAACAUCAAUAUCAACAUCAUUGCCAGCAGUAUUUGCUAGCUCAUUAACAACUGGUGGAUUUAUAAAUUCUUCAUUUGGUUCAACCAAUCCAUUAGCGUCCGUUUCUGCUAAUCAAAUUUUAGUCACCAAUUCACGUAAACAACGAGAAUUUAUUCCGGAUUCGAAAAAAGAUGAAUCAUAUUGGGAUCGUCGAAAACGUAAUAAUGAAGCAGCUAAACGAUCUCGAGAAAAACGACGCAUUUCUGAUCUGGUCCUCGAAACUCGUGUACUUGAAUUAACACGUGAGAACAGUAUCCUCAAAGCCGAAUUAUAUGCCAUAAAAGAAAAAUUUGGAAUAUCUCAAAAUCAACAUUUUAUCGAUCCCGAUUCCGUAACGUUGCCGUUGCCUGAAAAUGCUACCAAAAUUCGUCGAUCGCGGCUCUUUUCUUCCAUAAUAGGUGGCAACCCAGCGAAUCGGUCCGAGUAUACCUCAAGUCAUCAAGGAUCGAGCCAAUCUGCAACUGGGCACAAUGUAUCGACAUCAUCAUUUAAUUAUUCGUGUUCAUUGUCACCAAAUUCACAGUCAUCAUCAUCGUCAGAAGUUCAUGUAUCCACAUCUCCCACCUAUCAUGGUGCGACUGCCAAUUCAUCACCACCAAAUGUUUGUCCACUAUUAACUGGACAACAAACUAAUGCAGCUGUUUUGGCUGGCCUAACCACACCAAUAUUGCCUGUUUUAGCAGCUUGUUCAUCGAACAAAACAACUUUGCCAUUUAAAUUAAGGCACAAAGCACAAGGAAAUUGCAGCUCAAAUAAUGUCAACUCAAUUGUGAGUCAAAUUCGAAACCAAGAAUCAUCAAAUAUUGCGGCACAGAAUGUGGAUAGCGAUGCCAGUAGCGAUUCAUCAUCGGUUGCUCAAUUGAGCAGUAGCGCUGAAUCAAAUGGCCUAUUUGGUGAUCAUCAUCGCGACAGUGCCGGUUCACCAGAUUCUUUUUUAAAGACAGAAAGAUUUAAAAGUGAAUUACAGAGGCUAGCAUCUGAAGUGGCUUCAAUUAAAAACGUGGUGCUGAAUGCUGUAACUUCGGGUUCGGAUAUUGGUGGUCAUGCAUCGAAUAUUGGCAAAUCGAAUAAUGAAAGGCGCCUUCGAUAUCAUCAAAAUCAAAGACCUGCUGAAAAAUGUAAUUCAGUUCCAGAAAUUGAACGAUAUUAUCGUAUGAUCGCGAUGAUGGAUAAAUUAAAUGAACCACCAGCUCAUCUUGUUGUCGAUUAUUCAGAUACAGAAGCAACGUUCCAUCCCUCAUAAUUGUGACUUAUUAUUGACUGAAUACAUCAGCUACAAAUCGAUUCGGUCAUCAACGUAAAAUUAUUUUUUGUUUGUUUAUAAUCU